AUGAGCAACAUUCACACAUUAGCCGAUUAUAGGGAUGAUUACGGAGAAAAUCUCCCAUUCAAUAGAACACCAGAGUACUAUGAGUCCCAGAGCAGUUUCAUACGAAGAUCAAAACCCAUUGAUGUAGUAAACCUAAUAUUUCCACAUUUCACUUGGAAAAGCUUUAUCAUGGUUCUAUCUGUUAUACAAAUAAUUGUUUUUAUAAUAUCAGUUAGCAUAAAUCCAGCGGACUUUUUGACCCCCUCGGACUCUCUUCUAGUAGCACUAGGAGCAAACGUUGCUUCAAAGAUAAAACAAGGAGAAAUUCACAGAUUUAUAUUGCCAAUAUUUUUACAUGCAAGCAUAUUUCACGCAUUUUUUAAUGUGUUUUUUCAAUUAAGAAUGGGAUUUACACUUGAGAAAAAUUACGGCAUUAAGAAAAUUAUGAUUUUAUAUUUUGUAACAGGUAUAUAUGGGAAUAUACUAUCAUCAGCUGUUACUUAUUGUCCUAUAAAAGUUGGCGCAAGUACAUCAGGCAUGGGGCUGGUAGGUAUCGUAGCCUCUGAAUUAAUUUUACUCUGGCAUAUUAUUAGACAUAGGGAGAGAGUAAUUUUUAAUAUAAUAUUUUUUUCUUUAAUUUCUUUUUUCUACUAUUUUACUUUUAAUGGAUCGAAUAUUGAUCAUGUUGGCCAUUUGGGAGGAUUGCUAUCAGGUAUAUCCAUGGGAAUACUCUAUAACAACGAAAUGGAAAAUAAACCGUCGUGGUACAACCACUUGAAAAUAGCAUCCUAUACAUGUUUGGCAUUGUUAGCUAUUGUCCCUCCAAUUGUUUUGUUUACCGUUCCUCGCACUUGCUAA